AUGUCCACUGGCUCGGUGAGCGACCCGGAGGAGCUGCCUGACAUGGAGCUGCGUGGGCUGCAGCUGGCGUACCCAGCCCCGACGUCCUCGAAGCGGCAGCCUCGCCGAGGAGGCAGCAGCAGCGAGCUCUACCCUUCCGCGGACAACUCCUCUGCAGAAGAGGAUGAAGACGAGGACGUAGAAGAGGAAGCUUGCACCCUGGGGGCGGCCCGCGGUGCUAGCGGCAGCUGCAAGAGGAAACGGACCCGGGGAGCUGCGGGAGGCGGCGGAGGCUGUAGUAGCAGCGGCAGUGGUGGUGGUAGUAACUGCACCAAGAAGUCUCUACUGCCCAAGGGCUCUUCUGCUGAAUGCAAGCAAUCUCAAAGAAACGCGGCCAACGCUAGAGAGAGGGCCAGGAUGCGAGUGCUGAGCAAAGCCUUCUCCAGGCUUAAGACCAGUCUGCCCUGGGUCCCCCCUGAUACCAAACUCUCCAAACUGGACACACUCAGACUUGCCUCCAGCUAUAUAGCGCAUCUCCGGCAGCUGCUGCAGGAAGACAGAUACGAGAACGGCUACGUGCAUCCCGUGAAUCUGACGUGGCCAUUUGUGGUUUCAGGAAGACCAGACGCUGACACCAAAGAUGUUUCAACAGCCAACAGAUUAUGUGGAACUACAGCUUAAAACCUGGGACUGACUAAUCAAUUUAAUUGGAUUAUUCUUUAGACACGUGUUCUGGGGGGAGGGGGGACACAAAGAAAUGGUAACAAUAAGCUCUCUUCUUGUAAGUUAAAAAUUAUUUCUUGCCCUCUUUCUAACGGGAGAGUUGGAGAAAUAUGGGGAUAUUACUAGGAAAGUCAGGGAGGUGAGGCCCAAGGUUAGAAUUAGGCAGGAGUUAAAUUCCACUUUCAGAUUUUCUUGGAAUGAGCUAAAGGAACCACAGCCCUGGACUGAUAAAACCUAUAUCUCCUGUAACAUUAUCAGUAGUACUGCCCCCAAAGAUUUAUCAAAAGAUGGUUUUAAAGUCUUUCAGGACUAUACUUAACAGGUAGGGAUAAAAACCCAGACUCAGUGUUUGUCUAUAAACUCACCAGAAACAGUGUUAUUUGCACUCCAGUGCCAAACAGUGUUAUAAUAUAAUGUCAUUUAGAAACAAAAAGCAGAUUGAUAAUAUAUUUGGUUGAUAGCUCUUGAGAGCUUCUAUCCUUUGCAGUAGUGAUGCAAUAGGUGCAGCUGUGUUUUUACUAUCUUUUAAAGGACAAUCUUUCAUGGAACACAUACCAGGUCCCUAUUAGCUUCCCCAAUAUGGCUAGAACAGUUUUGUUUUGUUUUAUUUUCAACAUUUCCAGUUUCUGCACUGAAUUAUAUAUUCAGAAGUUGAUCCCAUUCCUAUCAGCAUCCCCCCUCCUCCAUGGAUCCAGAUGAUUUGGAGCUGAAAGGGACCUCAGGCAUUAGACAACCCCCCUUUCAUUUCAAGUAGAGAAUGAGAAAAGCUAGUUGAUUUGCUCGAGGAGGGUUUAAGCUCAAAUCCUUGGAUACCCAAUUGCAUAGUCUUUUCAGGGCACUGUCCCACAGGCCGUGGUCAUGCCCUCAUAGUUAAUUUAUAAAAGGAAAUUAUUCCCUCUUUUAAAGAAAGCAGUUUAGUGCCAAUACUUCCUGGUGUAUAAUUCAGUGCUUGGUUUUAACUCGGAUCUAAUCCAGAGGAAAGAACUUUACAUACAAUAUUGUUUAAAACUUUUUCAGUGGCCUGGGAAGAAUGGUUGGGUUUGUUUACAUUGUUACAUGUCAAGUUUUUGUCAUUUUGCUUUAGGGCUGAUAUCCUGCUGUAAGGAGAAGUUGCCCUCAUGAUGACUAGCAAAUGUAAAUAACUUUAUUUUUUUAUGAG